GUUGCGCGUCACGGGUGGCCUGGCAGGCGGCGGUGUCGAGGCAGUCGUCCCUAGAGAGGGCUGUCGAGCCGGGGAGUCGGGACCUGCUCUUGGGGCAUGAGCCUAGAGGACGACGCCGAGGCCACGAGUAUUUCAUAGAGAUUGAUGGAAACGGAAACCAAAACUCUUCCCCUGGAGAAUGCAUCUAUCCUUUCAGAGGGUUCCCUACAGGAAGGGCACCGGUUAUGGAUUGGCAACCUGGACCCCAAAAUUACAGAAUACCACCUCCUCAAGCUACUCCAGAAAUUUGGCAAAGUAAAGCAGUUUGACUUCCUCUUCCACAAGUCAGGUGCUUUGGAAGGACAACCUCGGGGUUACUGUUUUGUUAACUUCGAAACUAAGCAGGAAGCAGAACAAGCCAUCCAGUGUCUCAAUGGCAAGCUGGCUCUAUCAAAGAAGCUGGUGGUGCGAUGGGCUCAUGCUCAAGUAAAGAGAUACGAUCAUAACAAAAACGAUAAGAUCCUUCCAAUCAGCCUUGAGCCAUCCUCAAGCACCGAGCCCACUCAGUCUAACCUCAGCGUCACUGCAAAGAUAAAAGCCAUUGAAGCAAAGCUGAAAAUGAUGGCAGAAAAUCCUGAUGCAGAAUAUCCAGCAGCACCUGUUUAUUCCUACUUUAAGCCAUCAGAUAAAAAAAGGACUGCCCCUUAUUCUAGAACAGCUUGGAAAUCUCGAAGAUGAUGGUUGUGAAUUAUUGUAGCAGCAAAAGCAAAUUGUUCUCCACACCUGAACUCCUCUGCCUUUGUACUUUGUAGAUGUGAAUGAUGUAUCCAACAAAGCACAAUCACAUGUUAGAGUUUGGUAACAUAACGUUUUUGGAUUUUCUUAUGGAUAUUUCUUCCUUGAAGUAUGUGUGGAAUUGAGCAUCAUCCAGAAUAAAUAGGAUUGUAUCCAAAAUUGUGAUUUAAACACUGGGAUGCUCUAGUUGGCUGGUUUGUUUGGCUUUGUAACUUCAGAAAUGUUAUAAAGUGUGCCAGAGAGAAAAGAAAACAUAGAAAAUGUUAUUUAAAUCAGGAAACUAAAUUUACUGAUGUCUUUCUUAAAAAAAGAAAAAUAGGUCAUUUUCCUGGGCUCUAGUGUCUUUAGAACAUAAAGGAAAAGAGACAGGGAGGGAAGUGAGAGACAGUUUUUAAAUCAUGUUGUGAACUGUUGUUCCAGAAUUUAUGAUGGAAAUCCCUCCAAAAAAGAGAAAGUUCUUGGCAAAAGGGAGCUGGUUCUUUGAGCAAAUGUGGUAAUCUGUUUUAAGAAUCAUGCUUAUCGUUUCAGAAUCCCAAUUAGGAAAAUAUGGUGUAUGUCUUGAAAUUGUUGCAUCGACAAAACUGUAAAAUCAAACUUAGCAUUUUAUACCACAACAGAAGUUCCAUUUGGAAAUCCAACUUUUACUCUAUAGUGAUCUUUUUUUUUUUUUAAUCUAAAUAAUCCUACCUUCUGUAAUACCAAAUGUUAUUAUUAAUGUGGGACUUUUAAAAUUGCACUUAUUGCAUGAGAUUGUUUUUAUAGCAUGAGAGUGUUCUAUUUGGAAUUGUAUCAUGGUCACUCUAAAUAGAAAAGCAAGAUUUCUUUGAAAACAUAAAAGUUGCUAUAUUGAUAGCUCUCAAACCUAUUAUUUCCUAAUAGAUGUAGAGGGGUCUGAAGUUGUUGUACUGUUUUGGGAGUGGUGGAUGUUGGGGCACAUGUAGUGGGCACGGAGAGUCAAUGGAGCAGGCACUACUCAGGCACAAAGAUUGUAAUGAACUCAUGAUUUAUGUCUUUCAACAGCCUUUAAAGAUUGCAUGACUUUAAAAUGAUUGUUCAUUUGUAGAACAUACUUCUUCCUAGAUAUUUUUUGCCACUUGGAACAUUCUGACAAUAUAUAAAGAGAAACUUAUCAGCAGAUUUUGAGAUGUUCUUCAGCCAGCACCAUUUUGGUCAUUUUGGUGCCAGGUUUGACAGACUGUUUCAUUGGGCCACACUAGUGUCCUUUAUCAGGUAAAUCGCUGUUACUCCUGCUGCCAUUCUGGUGAUUACAGACUGUUGACUACUGUCGUUCCUAGCUAGCAAGAGGAAGCUUUCAUAAUAGGAACUUAAGUCUUCCUAUGAUCAUAAAUGAAUUUAAGACACACUUGAACCGAAACUUCAGCAUGUCAAAGUUUCAGAAUUCAUAGAACUGGCUCAUAGAAAUUCGUUUCACUUUUCCCAAGAUAUCUUUAAAUAUCAACCACUUUAUGCAUUUAUUAGCUGUGUCUAUAGUGUAAGUAACUCUCUUUCCAUUUGGGGAAUAGUUCAGGGAGGUGGGGGUACUAUCUCCCAUUUUUCUGGUGACUUCUUGGAGUAUAGAAUUCACCAUUUUAUCCUUAAGUCCUCAAAGGUUAUGGUGGAGUAGGAUUUACUUAAUGCAAAAUAGUCUUCUAUUUUUAAUAGGAAUUUAAAAAAAAACUUCGAAUUACAUAGAGUUGUUUCCUUUAGAAACCAGAUCUAUUUAUUUGUAUUUAAAGCAGUGUUUAUUAUUUGUACCAAUUCUUAUUCCUCUGUGUGAAUAAAUGCAAGACAGUG